GCACGCUCCUUAACUCUCUCUAACUUCUCCUUCUCUCCUUAAAACCCUACCGCCACCAUGGCAUGGCUUCCGAAACUCCGAGUUGCCACCGCCGCGGUUUCCUCUCUCGUGAACCCACUUCGACGUGGAGUCCGAGCCUUCGGAUCAGCUGCUGCCUUGGAGCUUGACUACGAUUAUGAAUAUUACGAGUACGAGCAAGCUCACCGGGAUCGCCGUCCUUCACAGCCGAAGGUUGAUGUGUGUGGCUCGGCUCCGGAGAGGGGAGUCCAGUGGGUGCUUAUAGGGGAGCCAGGAGUGAAACGCCAUGCUUAUGCGGAGAGGCUUUCGAAGCUUCUAGAAGUUCCUCAUAUUUCAAUGGGUACCCUUGUCAGACAAGAGCUCAAUCCUCACUCUUCUCUUUACAAACAGAUUGCAAAUGCGGUGAAUGAAGGGAAGCUUGUCCCAGAGGAUGUAAUUUUUGCUCUGUUGUCAAAGAGACUUGAAGAAGGUUACUAUGGAGGUGAAAAUGGUUUUAUUCUUGAAGGGAUUCCUCGUACCAGGAUGCAGGCUGAGAUUCUUGACCAAAUUGCUGAUAUUGAUCUUGUUGUGAACUUUAAAUGUACUGAAGAGUACAUUUUGAAGAAGAAUUCUGAAAGUGAGUUUCUUCCCAUAGGCAACUCCAAGGAUGUAGGAAGUUCCUGGAAGGAAAAUGCCCAUGUAUACUCAGAGCAGGCCAAGUCGUUGGAAGAUUACUACAGUAAGCAAAAGAAGCUUCUCAACUAUCAGGUGGCUGGUGCACCAGGAGAUUCAUGGCAAGGUCUUUUGGCUGCAUUGCAUCUCCAGCAUGUGAAUGCUCUCAGUUCUUCACAUAAGCUGACAGCAUAAACUUUGUUAUUCUUUAAAUCCAGUGCCUACUUUACUUAAAUUGAUAUUCCGGCAUGGUAGUAAAUAUUUACGAUGAGAGAUAGAUAAGUUGAGUGUGGCAAACACCCGAACUUGGAUUUGCCUCAGAAUUUUUGUUUCCCUUUUUGUGAGUUACUAAGCAUUUUGAAAGUGUGUAACGUAAUUUUGGCUUGAGAAGCAGAGCAGAGAUGAUAUCAUUGGCCUGUAUGACUACUUAUAAUAUAAAGGAUGCAUUAUUUUCUUUUCAUUUC